UUUGAUUAGAUUCGCAGCAUGGCGGGCUCCUGCGUUAGCUGUCAUUGUCCCCAGAUGCCCCUCGGCCGUCCUCUCUGCCUGGAGCAAGACUCUGAGAACUGUACUUAGGAAGCACUUAGCUUCGGAAGGAGAGGUGAUUCGAAUGGUCCAUCUGUUGCCACCAGGCUAGGAGUUUUGACUGCCCAGGUGCUGAUCUGAAACUGAUCUUCCCAUUGGGCCCAAACUGUUCACCCCGGGUGGAAAGGACCAGGCAGCCAAAUGGAGACGCCACCAGUCAAUCCAAUGGGAGAGAAGGACACCUCGCGACCCCAACAACAAUGGGAAAAGAAACCCCAGGAGAACCUUAAUUCAACUACUCAGAUUAGCCAGCAGCCCCAAGACCCUCCUACUGAAAUCCUUGAGCUGAGAGUGAGCCCAAAUCCAGCCAGCCAAAUACUACAGAAACCUCAAGGGACUGAAAAACUGGCAGCUGGACUUCAGGGAGACUCUGCUAAGUCUUAUGGAUCAACCAGUGAGAUACCAGAGCCCCUUCAAGCUUCCGAUCUCUGGUACUGCCCCGAUGGGAGCUUUGUUAAGAAGAUCAUAAUCCGUGGCCAUGGCUUGGACAAACCCAAGCUAGGCUCCUGCUGCCGGGUACUGGCUUUUGGGUUUCCUUUUGGGUCAGGCCUGCCAGAGGGCUGGACAGAGAUAACUGUGGGGUUGGGCCCGUGGAGGGAGGGGACUUGGGGGGAACUCAUAGAGAAAUGCUUGGAGUCCAUGUGUCAGGGUGAGGAGGCAGAGCUUCAGCUCUCUGAGCACUCUGAAUCUCCUUUCAGGCUCACACUGGCCUCCUUCACUCAGGGCAGGGACUCCUGGGAGCUGGAUGCCAGUGAGAAGGAAGCCCUGGCCAGGGAAGAACGUGCAAGGGGCACAGAACUAUUUCGAGCUGGGAACCCUGAAGGGGCUGCCAGAUGCUAUGGACGGGCUCUUCGGCUGCUGUUGACUUUACCUCCACCUGGCCCUCCAGAACGAACUGUUCUUCAUGCCAACCUGGCCGCCUGUCAGUUGUUGUUAGGGCAGCCCCAGCUGGCAGCCCAGAGCUGUGACCGAGCACUGGAGCGGGAGCCUGACCAUUUAAAGGCCUUGUACCGAAGAGGGGUUGCCCAGGCUGCCCUUGGGAACCUUGAAAAAGCAACUGCUGACCUCAGGAAGGUGCUGGAGGUAGACCCAAAAAACCGGGCAGCCCAGGAAGAGCUGGGAAAGGUGAUCAUUCUGGGGAAAAAACAAGAUGCAGGUCUGGCUCAGGGUCUGCGCAAGAUGUUUGGCUGAUUAAAAGUUAAAUUUUAAAAGAGA